CCACAGUGUAUACUUUUAUCGUAUGUGUUGGCAACCUUGUUUUGAAAACAAACAUUUUAAACAUGAGAAUAUUUAUAAUAUGCAUUUAACACAUUGACAGAUUAGUGAAAUACAAAUAUAUAUAUUUAUAGAUUCACUUUUUGUUCAUUAGUCGUAAUCAGGGAAUGUAUCAGCAAGUGAAAGCAAGUGUUAAUUGGAACUAUAAAAUAAUUGUUACUAAUGUAAAGAGUGGGGAAUCUCUAUGUUAUUCUUUGGCUCUUUUAAAGGGUUGUAUUUCAUGCGAUAAUUCGCAAGAAUGUUUGAAUAAUAAUGUUCAAAAUGUCAUAACUGUUCGUCAUUAUGUGGACAGCACAGAACAAGAGACAGAGUGGCCAGUUGUUGAUUACCAAUUCAAAUGUGUGGUUAACCUCAAUAGGGGCGCCAAUGAAAUAAUUUUGAAAUACGUAAACGUGCAGCAAAUCUGUAAAUUAGAAUUCAAGCCGAGACGAACAGCGUACAGGGUUAUGCCCGUCUACAUAAUUUGCCGUGGCCACAAUGGUAGGUUUCAUGCCCCAGAAACGGAAGAGAACUCCGUGCAAAGCGCAUGCAAGCGUAUCGCUGUCGGUGCGAAGGUCAUACAGUGCGUUGCAGCCGAGAAGUUACACGAAGCAGGAUUUUGCCGCAAGGCUUUUCAGCUCGAGAACGAUUUAAAUUCUCAAGCUGCAGAAUGCACCGUGUUUUACAGUCGUCUACAUGUUGACGCUGCCCGUAAAAUGAAACCAGGGGACUUGUGGGAGUAUUUUGCGAGAGAGCUAAUGACAUCAUCUCUGGGUAAUGCUGACAGAAAGUUUUUGGCAUUUUUGUCGUGUACGUAUUACAAAAAAUGUGAAGAAAAGCCACAGUCACAUGAGAAAAUGUUGGCACAAUUGGAAGCCCAUGUUGCACUGGGUGGUGGGGGCCUUGCAAUAUUUGGGACAGCAUGCUUGCACACUUGGCCUCAAGAUAUAAAAGAGAUUUUACCAAGGUUCUUAAAUACCACCAUUGUGGAUAGCAGAUAUUUCAUGGAUGAUAGCUGUUACAGGGGAACGUACGGAGCGUGCUUUGCGACCACGCUCGGUUCCGUGUGCCACGAGCUGGGACACACGUUCGACCUUGGGCACACAGAGACGGGAAUCAUGGGCCGCGGUUUCGACAACAUCAACCUGGUCUUCACGCUGCAGCCGAAACGAAACCGCAUCGAAAGCACAGGCAGAGGACUCUGUGGGAACAGAGGGGGUGCAGACAAGGGCGAUGUUCGCCAGGCCACGGUGUGCUUCACGAAGGUGCUCAGUCUGUCGUAUUCUGUCCAGGGCGCCACCAAGCCUGGAACCAAGAAUCGCGGUGACGACAAGAUGGCGAGGUUACUGCGAAACGGUGGGCAGGAAAUUGCACCCGUGAUAAAGUGCGAUGAGUACAGCACGACACGUGACUCGUUGGACUCUGACAUGACGUAUUGGGGCACUAGUUGUGCUACGCUGCUUGCCUUUCACAGGUGGUUCAACACUGAAGUACCUCGAAGUGGAUCUGGAAAAAUAAGUUUCGAUGAGACAAGGAACGCGGUGUCGUCGGAUGCGGGCUUGUCCGUGGUGGAGCUGCGAGACGGCACGGGACUGGUGCGCGGGUCCUGGCAGUUCCCGGGGGCGCCGCGCACGUCCGUGUUCCGCGUCCCGGCCCGGGAACCCUUGCCCGCGACGCUGGUCGCCCAGGACCGCGUCGGCAACAUCCUGAAGCAACACCUGGGCCCCGCCGGCCCGACGAGCGCGUGACGUUCCGCGCACGUUCCACCUCAACUGACUUGUGAUUCGUGCGGUAUUUAUUCAGAUGUGCUUAUUCUUAAAAAAUAUUAUUUAUUGUUUGUUUAAUGAGAAAUAUACAGAUUAUGCGUGUUGAAAA